UCUCCACUCUCACAACCUCUAUUUCAUUUCAUGCAUCUACUUUCUUCACGAACUAGCUCUGCUGUAAUGGCGAUCGAUCUCAUAAAUUACGCGAAAAUCGAAGAUUUUACAGCGGCUCACGAAUCUCGAGGAUCGAUAAAUAUCAUCGAAGACGAAAUUAUGCGGAUAUUACAAUCGCACAACCAGCGUAAUCAGCAAGUACAGGUUGAUGAAGUGAAGGAGGAGACGAAGGCUGUGAGGCGGACCGGUCACGCGCGGUUCCGCCGCGGACCGGCGGAGUCUGAACCGGUCAAACCGGCUGAGGUAAAGUCAAAUGUGAAGUCUGUUGAGAUGGAGACGGAGAUGAAUGUGAAGAGUGUAAAAGAAUGUAAAGAUGUAAAUAGUGCGAAUUCGUCGGGGAGCUCUUCGAUUACGGGAGAGGAAGGCACGGUUUCCAAUGGUAAAGCGGUGUUGGGCGCCGGAGCAGCUCCGGCGCCGAGGACGUAUUCGUCGGGGAAGCCGCCUCUUCCGACUUCGCAUCGGAAGAGGUCUCGAGAAAUGGAAAUGGAGAAGAUGUUGAUUAGUAAAUCUUCUGGUUCACGCGGCUGCCACUGCUGUAAAAGAAGGAAAACUGUGGUUAAAAAGGAGAUUAAGAGAGUAACAAGUGGAUCAGCUGGAGAUUGUAUACCAGCCGAUGAAUAUUCAUGGAAGAAAUAUGAUCAGAAGCUAGUUCCAGGCACAGUCUUUCCAAGGGGCUAUUACAAAUGCAAUACAUUCAAGGGCUGUCCCGCACGAAAACGAGUGGAGAGAACUAGCAAUGAUCCAACGGUUCUAAUCUUGACUUACGAAGGAGAACAUCGCCAUCAUCAUAAUCAUCAUCGAUCUCAGUCUUCUUCGCAUCACCAUCCAAGGGUGGCUGCUUUGACCCGACUUAAUAAUAGCACUGAUGUUGGUUUGUGUCACUAGAGAAGUCAAUGAAAUUAGGUUUAAUAAAUUUCAUUCAAUGUAUGCUUUUGUUCAGAGUUGGUUGAAGAUGAGAUCACCCAAGUAGAUCAAAACAGAACGAUGAAGAAGAAAAGAUCCAUUGUAUUUUUUUAAUAUUUUCGAUGUACAUGUAUGUAUAUAUACAUUAGACGACAUCAAAGUGGUUGAUAGAAUCAAAUUUUUGGUCGAUUAAAAGAGAUUAGAUUAUACGA